GAAGCCGCAGCUGUUCGAGCGGCAGUUUUACAGCGAGAUCCUGGACGCCAAGCUCACCAUCACCGUCACCAUGCGCACGCUGGACCUCAUCGACCAGGCCUACGGCUUCGACUUCUACAUCCUAAAGACCCCAAAAGCAGAUAUGUGCUCGAAGUUGGGGAUGGAUUUGAAGCGAACGAUGCUGCUGCGACUGGCACGGAGGGAUCCCAAGCUGCAUCCUGAUGAUCCGGCCAGGAGAGAGGCGAUUUAUGACAAGUACCGGGAAUUUGUGAUUCCAGAAGAGGAAGCUGAAUGGGUUGGCUUGAGUUUAGAAGAAGCAAUAGAAAAGCAGAGGCUUCUAGAGAAAAAGGACCCCGUCCCACUCUUCAAGGUGUAUGCUGAGGAACUCGUCAACCAAUUGAAAGAACAGGCACUUGAGAAGGAGAAGGAAAGAAAUAAGUAGAGCAGAACUCCCUGCUACAGAUGAAGCUGUGGGGUUCAGAGAGCCUUCUAUGUGAGCCACACUUGUGGAAGAGGCAAUGCAAUGAGCGUGCCAGGGGACGUGUUGCAGUUAUCAACAUCUAAUUAUAGCAGCCUAAAUUCCAUUGAGGAAUUGUCCUUGUUGGCUGAGGAAAAGUUUUCUGUCCUCUGGUCUCUGAAAGCAUUCUUGUAAGACUGACUUGAUGUGGUGGUUCUGCCUGUGCAAGCAGUUGAUUGCUGUUUAGUUUGAUCCUGAUAUAAAAUGAAAUAUUAUGCAUCUGGAGAAUACCAAUAAACUUUUCUCUGAUA